UUUGAGAAAGAAUGCGUAUUAGAGAAGCCAAGCAAACAGAUUCUCUCACUCAGUAUUUCCCAAAGAUUCACUUCCAAUUUCUUCUCUUAUCCCACUCCUAUAUACAUACUUUACAAACCCCACUCUGAAAACUAUCUAGACGGAAGAGAAGAGAAGAGAGACCAAAAUGGCGAACCCACCAAAGCCGUGGAAAGCGGAAUAUGCCAAGUCGGCUCGAUCUUCCUGCAAAACUUGCAAAAGCGUUAUCAGCAAGGAGGCCUUCAGGCUAGGCAAAAUGGUCACUGCCACCCAGUUCGACGGCUUCAUGCCCAUGUGGAACCAUGCAGAUUGUAUACUAAGGAAAGCAAAUCAGAUAAAGUCUACUGAUGAUGUUGAAGGCAUAGAAUCGCUUCGAUGGGAGGACCAACAAAAAAUCAGGAACUACGUGGAAUCCGGAGGACCUUCAAAUGCAAAAAAUGUCACUCCUCAAGCCAUGGAAUAUGCUAUUGAAGUUUCACAAACUUCUCGUGCUACUUGCAAGGGUUGCUCCCAAAAGAUUAUGAAAGGAGAGGUCCGUAUAUCUUCAAAGCCUGAGGGUCAAGGAUCUAAAGGAUUGGUGUGGAACCAUGCCAAGUGUUUCUUAGAGUUGUCUCCUACUACUACAGUGGAAAAGUUGCCUGGAUGGGAAAGCCUUCCAUCGUCUGACCAGGCAACUGUUUCUGCACUGGUUAAGAAGGUUCCUGCUUCAAAGAAGGGCAAAGGGACUGAGGUACCAGAGGAAAAACAACCACAAUCAACCUCCACAGCUGGUGCAAAACGUAAGAAGGAUGUUGGUGAUGAUAAAAAAUCCAAAGUCAGCAAGUUGGAAGGAGGAGUGACGACAGGUAGGGCAGGGAAGAAUGCGAAUGACUUGGACAAAAAGCCAAAAGAUUCUUAUCUGGAAACUAAAUUGGAGGCCCAGACUAAAGAACUGUGGGCUUUGAAGGACGAGUUGAAGAAACAUGUUACUACAGCAGAACUGCGUGAAAUGCUUGAAGUCAAUGGUCAAGAUGCAACAGGAUCAGAACUUGAUUUGCGUGACCACUGUGCUGAUGGGAUGAUGUUUGGAGCACUUGGUAAAUGUCCCAUGUGUUCUGGCUGUCUUCGCUUUUCUGGAGGCAAGUUUCGCUGCCAUGGCUACAUUUCAGCAUGGAGCAAGUGUUCUUACUCUACUUGUGAACCUGAACGUCUUAAAGGGAAAUGGAAAGUCCCAGAUGAAACAAAUAAUGAAUUUCUAAGCAAGUGGUUUAAAUCACAAAAAAUAAAAAAACCUGUUCGCAUCCUGCCUCUACCAUCUUCUUCUUCAAGUCAAGCUCCUAAUGGCCAAUCUCAAACGUCAAAGGUUGAAAGCUUGGCAGAUUUGAAAGUUUCCAUGGUUGGAUUGCCGCAAGAGUCCAUGGAAGAGUGGAAGGGCAAAAUCAAGGAAGCAGGUGGUAUAGUUCAUGCCAAGAUCAAGAAUGAUACCAAUUGCUUUGUUGUGAGUGGGGAAUUUGAGAGUCAUGCUGCUGAGAUGAGGAAGGCACGGAGGAUGAGAUUGCCAAUUGUUAGGGAGGAUUAUCUUGUUGACUGUUUUAAAAGACAGAAGAAGCUUCCUUUUGAUUUGUACAAAGUUGAAGCCAUUGGUGAGGCCUCUAGCAUGGUCACUGUCAAAGUAAAAGGACGAAGUGCUGUGCAUGAAGCUUCUGGUCUACAAGAUUCAGGUCACAUACUUGAGGAUGGGGGGAGUAUAUAUAACACAACUUUGAACAUGUCAGACUUAUCAACCGGUGUUAACAGUUAUUACAUUCUCCAAAUAAUUCAAGAAGAUAAAGGAUCAGAUUGUUAUGUAUUCCGUAAAUGGGGUCGCGUUGGGAAUGAAAAAAUCGGCGGUAACAAAUUGGAAGAGAUGUCAAAAUCAGAUGCAAUCUCUGAAUUCAAACGUUUAUUUCUUGAGAAAACUGGGAAUACAUGGGAGGCAUGGGAGCAAAAAGAAAAUUUCCAGAAACAACCUGGCAGAUUUUUCCCAUUGGAUAUUGAUUAUGGUGUUAACAAACAGGUGUCACAAAAGAAGCACACGGAUGCAGACAGUCAACUUCCUCUUCCUUUACUUGAAUUGGUGAAGAUGCUUUUUAAUGUGGAAACAUACAGGGCUGCAAUGAUGGAGUUUGAGAUAAAUAUGUCUGAAAUGCCCCUUGGAAAGCUGAGCAAAAGUAACAUUCAGAAAGGUUUUGAGGCAUUAACAGAUAUACAAAAUCUAUUGAACAACAACGUUUCUGAUCCUUCUGUCAAAGAAAGCUUGAUUAUUGAUGCCAGCAAUAGAUUUUUUACUGUUAUUCCUUCUAUCCAUCCACAUGUCAUAAGGGAUGAAGAUGAUUUCAAGUCAAAGGUGAAAAUGUUGGAAGCUCUUCAAGACAUUGAAAUAGCCUCAAGAUUAGUAGGUUUUGAUGCCGACAAUGAUGACUCCCUUGAUGAAAAAUAUAAGAAACUCAAAUGUGAUAUCACUCCCCUUCCUCACGAUAGUGAAGCUUUUAAGUUGAUUGAGAAAUAUCUCCUUACCACUCAUGCCCCUACUCAUACUGAAUGGACACUUGAACUGGAAGAAGUAUUCUCACUUGAAAGAGAAGGAGAACUUGAUAAGUUUGCUCCUUACAGAGAAAAACUUAGUAACAAAAUGCUUCUUUGGCAUGGUUCUCGGUUGACUAAUUUUGUGGGGAUACUGAGCCAGGGACUAAGAAUAGCUCCUCCAGAAGCUCCAGCAACUGGCUAUAUGUUUGGCAAGGGGGUUUACUUUGCUGAUUUGGUCAGUAAGAGUGCUCAGUAUUGCUUUACUGAUAGGAAAAAUCCUGUGGGCUUCAUGCUUCUCAGUGAGGUUGCUUUAGGGGAGGUCUAUGAACUAACAAAGGCCAAGUAUAUAGAGAAAUUGCCAGAAGGAAAGCACUCUACAAAGGGGCUUGGAAAGAAAGUACCUAAGAAGUCUGACUUUGUAAAGUGGAAGGAUGAUGUUAUUGUACCUUGUGGCAAACCAGUUCCAUCCAAUGUGAAGGACUCUGAGCUGAUGUAUAAUGAGUACAUUGUUUAUAACACUGCUCAAGUUAAGAUGCAGUUCUUGUUGAAAGUGAGGUUUCAUCACAAGAGGUGAAGGAAGGUAACGGAUGUUUAUAUUUUUACUUUGGUGAAGGACAGGUGUGUAAAAUAUUGAAACAAAAACUGAAGUUUGUCUCCUUUUGGAUUUUCUAAAGCAAGGUCAAGUGUUGAUAAGAUCUAGUUUUGGGGAUAGCUUGGAGAUCUUUUACUUGAGCUUGUGAUGCGUGUUAAAGCCUUUUGUAAGUAAUGGAAACAUAGUUGAUACUUUAAUCCAUUUCUUCUAAGAUUUCAUCCUCUCUACAUGGUGGGAUUAAAUGG